AUGGCCCAAGAUUUACCUCCCGUCGGUGGCUACGAGCCAAUCCAGUGGAAGCGCAACUUACCUUCUCGUGGUUUCAAGCCCAUUGUUUAUUUCCUCGGCGUCAUUGGAAUCUGUUCCAUUGGUUUCUACCAGGCUAUUUCCGGCAUUCAUGAACGUAAUGAGCUGUACCGUGAAAAGAUUUGGGCUCGUCUGUACCUGCAACCUUUGCUCCAGGCUGAAACUGAUCGUGAUGCUGUUCGACGACACUACGCCCAGAUUGCUCGUGAGGCUGAAAUCACAAAGAAUGUGACUGGCUUUGAUGCUGAAAAGAGCGUCUACAAUGAUGGCAAGUUCCGCAAGCCUAGCGUCAUUGCUCUGCCCAAGAAUAUCUAA